GCAUCACCUUGCUCCUUUCCAGGACUUGGGGUACAUCAACUCUCCAGCCGGCUUCAGGAGGAAACCAGAUGAAGGAUUACGUGAUCACUUUCUACGAAGACAAGCAUUUCCAGGGCCGUCGCUAUGAGUGUGACAGUGACUGCCCUGAUUUUCACACCUACCUAAGCCGCUGCAACUCCAUCCGAGUGGAGGGGGGUGCCUGGGUUGUCUAUGAGCGGCCUAACUUUGCAGGGAACAUGUACGUUCUAACCCACGGCGAGUACCCCGAGUACCAGCGCUGGAUGGGCCUUAAUGACCGCCUCAGCUCAUGCAAAGCCAUUCACUUAUCCAGUGGAGACCAGCACCGCAUUCAGAUCUUUGAGAAGGGGGACUUUGGUGGCCAGAUGUACGAAUCUACGGAGGACUGCCCUUCGGUCAUGGACGAGUUCCACAUCCGGGAAAUCCAUGCCUGCAAAGUGCUGGAGGGGGCCUGGGUAUUCUAUGAGCACCCCAACUUCCGGGGCAGGCAGUACCUCUUGGAGAAGGGGGAGUACCGUAAGCCCGUUGACUGGGGGGCUGUGUCCCCCACUGUCCAGUCCUUCCGCUGCAUUGUAGAGUGAGGGGUGGGGCAGCUCCCCCUUUGCCAGGGAAACCGCGUGGAGUCUGUGAAUAAAGCA